AUGUCCACUUCAUCGGAGUCGACGUUCCUCAUCUCGUUAAUUAGUGGCGGAUGCGCAGGUAUAGCAACAGAUUUGGCGUUUUUCCCUAUUGAUACUAUCAAAACCAGACUCCAAGCUCGCGGUGGUUUUUUUCAAAACGGAGGGUGGCAUGGCAUCUACCGUGGAUUGGGCUCGUGUGUUAUUGCGAGUGCACCACUGGCCUCGUUAUUUUUCAUAACUUAUGAUUCAAUGAAACGAGAAUUGCAACCAUACAUCCCGACUGCAGGUGUUCGGCAUAUGAUUGCAGCCUCAGCGGGAGAAAUCAUGGCAUGUAUCGUGCGUGUUCCUGCCGAAGUUAUCAAGCAGAGAACUCAAGCGUCGCAUAUGGGAUUGACUUCAAGUUGGCUGAAUUUCAAACAUAUUAUUGUUGGUGGAGUUGAAGGUGUGAAGGGCUCAGCAAAAAGAGAAGGGAUCAGAGGUUUAUAUCGAGGUUGGAAUAGCACUAUAAUGAGGGAGAUACCGUUUACAAUGAUUCAGUUUCCACUCUACGAGUGGUUAAAACGUCAAUGGGGUAAUAGUGCCACCGACAAUAUAACUCCCAAAAGUACCGCCACCACCAGCACUAGCAGCACCAGCAGCAUCACUAAUAAUAAUAAUAUCAUUACUUCUAAUACCAUCACUACUGCUGGUACUAAGGCUCUGACCCAAAAUUGGUGGGAUAAGUAUAUCCCAGUAGGUUUCAAAGGUGCGGUAUGUGGAAUGCUUGCCGGUGGAGUUGCAGCUGCAUUGACUACCCCAUUGGAUGUUAUCAAAACACGGAUAAUGCUCAGCGAGGGCAAGACUCAAGGCAUUGUUAAAAUUGUUAAGGAUUUGGUCAAGCACGAAGGAUGGGGAAGUUUGUGGCGUGGCGUCGUGCCACGAACCUGCUGGAUCAGUUGUGGUGGAGCCAUCUUUUUGGGGUGUUAUGAGUUGGUCCACAAUGAAUUGAUGAAGCUCGAUGGAAGAAUGUAA